CAUUGCCAAGACCGGAGUUCCCCCAAACCCAAACCCAAACCCUAUCGUAAAUCCCAUCGCCGGCAGCCAUGAGCAGCGACGCGGGUACCACCAACAGUGGUGUUCUCCAAGUGAUUCCUCCGGGGCGUAGAUUUAUCCCCUACCGCGCCGUUCAAGACGAGGAGAGGUCGCGGCUCCUCUCCAAGAUUGAUUCUUUGUACAGGGAAGCGUGCAGCCGUAUCGGCGGCGGCGGCGGCGGCGGGGUGCCCUCCGAUGUCGCGCGCUUGCUCGUCUCCGGCGUCGUCGUAGGCCUCCUGGACCCCGUCUCCAACAUCCUGGUCAACACCCUCUUCACCUCCGACCCAAUCACCCACCCCUGCUCCGCCGGCCCCUACAUGGACGAGGCGAAGCUGGGGGAGAUGGUGCGGCGCUCGCUCGACGGCCUCGUCGCGUUCCUCGUCUACUUCUUCCCUUACCUCGCCGGAUGGGAGGCUGUGCGCUAUCUGCUCAUUACCGACGCCGACCUCUUCAUCGCCACGCGCCUCAUCGUGUCGUACCGCGGCAUGACACGCUUCUCCGCGGCCCUCAGGUUGGCCGCGCAGGUCGCUGGGCAUCCUGAGCCCCCACGCCUCGUUCAUGCCUGGAUGUCGCGGCAGUCCGGGCUAACUGAUGUUGCCGACGUUUUGUCCGCGUCGAGGAUGGAGCUUCCCAAGCUUCCUGAUCUGCGGGAAGCUUGGGACCUCACGGCAUAUCGGACAUGUAGUCAACCAGACAUCAACAUCCCGGACAUGCUGUGCGAGACCACCAGAUCCCUGAGGAUGGUCCUUUUUGACACAUUUCGCUGCUUCUACCUGCGGGCGCUGGCUAGGCUGCCACGCCAUGGGCUGCGCACCCGCUAUCAUCGCAGCUUGCUCAAGGCCGGGUACUGCUAUGGUCCCAUGGACCCUGUCUCCAACAUCAUCCUCAAUACAAUCUGGUAUGAUGCCACAUUCUCAGGAGGCGAACGGCCAGUGCUCGACAUGAUCGGCCCAAGAAGCCUCACUCGCCUGGAGUGCCGUUCGUUUUUUGGACUCGCUUCAUUCAUCAAAACGCGCUACCACAAUCUGUCCGACCACGAAAUUACACAAUGCCUGGUCGCCUCCAGCGGCUACCUGUCCUUGGCCGAUCCAAACCUACAUGCUGAUGCUACGAGGGCCACUCACUUGUCCUUUGGCGACAUAAAUCUCAGUGGUGAUGGUGCUGUAUGGAAGACGGCACAGCACCGACAACAAUGCGUUGACUGCUACGGUGCCAUCGAUAAAUUGAAGAACCAGAGCCCAUGCACUAGAACCCAAGAAGCCUAUGAGGCUGCAGCCACCGCAGCAUGGCAUCCCAACCCUGAGGCACAUGCAGCAUUUCUCUCUUCAUGCAAGGCAAUGCUGCCGGUAUCUGUUGCCCUCCUGUUGCAGAGUGGAGAGCGGCUCACCUCAGUACAAGUCUACUACAUUAGCAGCUUAUUUUCUCCCAAGCAGCCAACACCUGAGCCAAUAAAAAUGAAGAACCCUUGUCCCGUGAGGGUGGGAAAGAGGCGCUCCGAGGCUCAGCAAAGAAGGAUCACGGCAAAGGUGAAAGCUGCAUUGGAAAGGCAUUUGCUGUGUGACGGGGAACCCAUGUAUGAUCUCCAUAUUAUCUGUGGUGCAAAUGAGUUUGUGGGCAGCCCUGAUUACGGCGAGGACAAGGAAGAUUAUCUACCUUGUGCACCGUGCACAUUCCCUUACUCCCAUGUAAACUUCUUGGUGACUCAGAAGGGUUCUUCAUUUGCUCACAGAGCUCCAAUACUCUACUUUGCUGAAUUUAAUAAUGGGGAGGAGGACAAACCUUCAUUGUGCUGUCGUGUGGAUGCGCCAACUCCAUUUGCUGAGCAUGUCCGGUGCCUGUAUUGUGAGGGUGAAGCGGCGAAGAUUGUGCAUCCUGCUUCGAAAAAGUUCCAUGGGAGAGACGAGUUUGAGGAUGUAAUUAGUGGAAAAGAUUCUUAUACGAAUGAUCGGCUCAUCAGUGAGAACAAAUAUGCUGCUGAAAAGAUUUGUGGACUCGAAGAAGAUUGCAUGUACUAUGAUGUCAAGUGCAGCAGUUAGAUGCUA